AUGCUCGUCUCCCUAACCGUCGGCAAAGUCGACGCCGGCGUCGCCGUUCUCCUUACCGAAGACAAACGCCUCAUCGAAUUCCCCUCCAUCCUCCUGCCCCCCGACAUCCACAGCGGCAGCAUAGUCGACAUCAACGUCUCGCGUAACCUCCCCGCCGAAACGCGCGCCGACCAACACUUCUCCGCCCUGCAAAACGAAAUCUACUCCUCCUUCGGCACCGCGACCCCUUCCGCGCCCGUGCUACGAUGUCGCAACGCCACGCAAACGAGCGUCGUGCUCGAAUGGGAUCCGCUUGAUCUCGCGACCGCGGAGCUGAGGAGUCUGAGUCUUUACAGGAACGGCACGAAAGCGGGCGUGAUUCCGCGGGAUAAGCUGAGCACGAAGAUCUCCGGGCUGGCGCUGGAUACGGAUUACACGUUCCACCUUGUCCUACGCACGAGCGCGGGACAGUAUAGUUCGGAGCGCCUGGUGGUGCGGACGCAGAAGAUGACGGAUCUGAGUGGGAUCACCAUCACACCUGGUGUCAUGCCGCCGCAAUUGCGGGAGAACCUGGAGGAGACGGCGGAGCGGGUGGGAGCGAAGAUGGUGGAGACGGUGAGGAUCGAUACGACGCAUUUCGUCUGCACGGAGCCGAGGGGCCAGGCGUGGGAGAAGGCGGUGGAGAUGAAUGUCCCCGUUGUGGUGCCGGAUUGGCUCAUGGGCUGUGAGCGGGAAGGCAGGGUGGUGGGCGUGAGGGGGUAUUAUCUCGAUGCGGACCCGAAGUUACGGCAGAUGGGGCAGCCGAGUCAGCAGGUUAUGGCAGCGCAGCGUUUGAGCACCGGCCCGAAUUCGCAGCAGCAGAGGGAGAGUCCCAGGAUUGAGCAUACACCGCCUACGCCUGAGAGGACGACGCAGGGGGAUGGGUUUGGUGGGCAAGCGGGUGGAGAGCCGCCUACGCCGCCGCCGAAGCCGGCUAGUGAGAGGUUGGCGGAGGAGAGGGCGAGUGGGGAGGAGCAGCAGAUGGGGGAGACGGCGAGGCCGAAGGUGGACGCGCAGGAGAGGGAGGUGAGUGAGGAGGACGAGGAGAGUGAUGGGACGGAGCAGGAGGAGAGGAGUGCUGGGGUCGCGUCGCCUGAACAGCAGCCGAAGACCAAGGCUGCGUCUGCGGAUAGCGAUGAGGAUGACGAGGGCUCAGAAAGAGGUGAGGGUAAGGAUGACAGGUUCGACGAGGUGGCGUUAUAG